AUGAUCGAUACCGAUUCGAGUCGAGUCACUGGCUUUAUCGACUUUGAAGUAGCCACCAUCGCGCCUCUAUGGGAGUGCGCAGUGAUCCCACGAUGGCUGCAAGAUGUGGAUGGCCCAGAGUCCAGUUACGAAGGCGGGACCAGUGAAGAAAGAAGAGUCUUGCAUGCUGCUUUUCUUUCAGCAAUGGAAGGGUCGGCUCGAUACCUGGAGUGGAGAGGCGGAAAUGUUUGCGCUUCUAACGACCAUGGUAUCUGGUUGGAUGAAUGUCCCGAAUGGGCCAAAACCCACCCCAGGAUGGGUUGCCUGAAACGCACCAUAAAAUUGAUACAUACCUCGUAACUCUUUCUCAAUCUAUAAUAACAAACAUGGAACAUAGAAUAUGCUGUCUUGUUUC